GCUAGAAAUCCAUUGGGGUCUCUGUGACGGUCACGGGAAGACCGCACAUUCAACAUGGACUUUAAUACACACACAUACUCACAAACACACACAGAGACUGUUUAGUGAUAAGAGUUUAUUGUAAUUAUUGAUCAGAGUGAAUGGAAUACCUGUAAAUGAUGUGUAUUGUUCCCGUGUAGCAUUUGUCCCGUGAUUUUUAGAGUCCCGGUAGGAAACCAUGGCAGGAAUUAUUGGUUCCGCUUAGGGUGGGAAUCUACCAUGUAUUAAUUGAGCGAGGGUUGUUUCAGGGGCAACGCGGCCGAGUUGUUGCUGUUAUUUCCUGUUUAAUGUGAAUGAUUUAAUAACAUCAAAGUAGAUUUAUUAAUUAUAACAUCAUGCCAAUAUGUUUCUUUUAGACGCUGUAUAUUUAGGUGAACAUGUGUAAAGUGUUGUAUGUGAGUUUGUCCCUCCCCAUGGGGUAAUGGUGCUGGCCACCAGUAUAAAUGUGAAUGACUUUGUAAUGGAAGGUAGUCUGUGUUUGUUGCUGCAGUGGAGAGUGUGGCCUGAGGGUUGUAGGUAUUGUGGGUAUUUUGUUUAGUUAUUUUGAAAUUGACCUUGUUGUUAAGGAAGUUAUUUUUGGAAACUUUAUUUUGCAUUUGAAAUUAAUUUGGAUUUUUCUUUUUGGUUAAGACUUUGUUCCUUCUAUUUUUUGUCAUGUUUAAUUAUAUUAUUGGGCUUGGAUGAUUGCCCUUUUGUAAGUUUAAAUAAAUAUUUGUUUACAUUUCAAAGUUGUGUAUUCAUACUGCCUCUGUUUAAUUUGGCUACAAAAUUUGUGGUGCCUAUUAGUAGGCUGACCAUUACACUGGUGUCAGAAGUGGGAUAGCCAGAAGAGAGCAGUAGGGAUUUUUUUUUUUUUUUGUUUGUUUUAUUUUUAACUCUCCACUGCAGUCAACAGUGGCAUAGUGUUGGCUCAGAAUGGCUCCUAAAAAGGUGCGGACGGAUCAAGCUGAGGUGGAGGAACCCGGUAGAGCUGUUGGGGAAGGUGAUGUUAGUGAAGUGGAACUGGGGAGCGUCACUGAGGAUGUCUCACUCGCAGAGUUGAGAGACCUGUUCCGUUCACAUUUCGCACAGCAGCAGGCUCGAGACCAUCGCCUGGAGCAAGAGGCUGACCGACAAGAUGCUCGGUGGAGAGCAAUGCAGCAUCAGUUCUCUCUUCUGCAGCAGGAAGUGCAUGUAAGGACGACACCAGAUCUACGGCCUGGUAGUGAUAUUCAGACUGGCCUUUUAUCACAACCAACAGUCCAGCGAGUGCCCUCAGUGUUACGGGAUACAUCAGUCAGCCGACAGAUGGAAUCACCAGCUGCAUCUCCACUGGAAGGCCAAGGCCAGAGUCCAUUGAGAAUUGAGAGAGAGCCACACCUGCAACGACUGAGUGAAACAGAUGACGUAGAGCAUUAUUUAGCUACUUUUGAACGAAUAGCGAUGGCGUGUCGGUGGCCAACAACCGACUGGGCAAUUAGGUUAGUGCCCCUCUUGUCGGGCAAGGCUAGGGCUGCAUAUGUAUAUAUGGACAUGGUAGACUCACUUGAUUAUGACAAACUCAAAGCAGCCAUUCUUGCUAAGUAUGACAUAAAUGCAGAGACUUAUCGGCUUCAGUUCCGGUCAACAGAAGUGAAGGAGAAUGAAACCCCAAAAGAGUUGUAUGCCAGACUAAAAGAAAACUAUGCCAAGUGGGUGCAGCCACAGCAUCAUACUAAGGAGGAGAUUGGGGAGACAGUCAUUUUGGAGCAGUUUUUGCGCAUGUUGGCCCCUGAUCUGCAAGUAUGGAUUAAGGAAAGAGGCCCUGUCUCUGCUGCAGAAGCCGCCAACUUAGCAGACACCUUUGUGGCAGCGCGACGCAAGACUCAACCAUGGACAUUCAAGCGUUGGAAGGGGAGUAAAGAUUCCAACAAGUUCCAACACUCCUUCCCCACUACAGUAAGAGCCAUCCAUGAAGACUGAUGCUUCUAAUACUGGCAUUGGGGCAGUGCUGUUGCAAGGGGCACUGGGAGAUAGACAUCCAGUGGCCUAUAUAAGUCGCAAGUUGUAUCCCAGGGAGGUGAGAU